AUGAGACAACUUCCGGUUCCGUGUUGACCCGGUUUAACCGUUUGUCCUCCUUUGGGUCCGACUGAACCGGUCCUACUGGACUGUUGGGUCCGACAGAGCCGAACCGGGACGAACGCAGAGGAGGAGGAGCAGGAGGAGGAGGAGGUGCUGUUGAUGUGGAUGGAGGAUGUGGUUUUGUACUUUCAGUCUGGAUCAGCUGAUGGACUGGGUGGUCUAUUAGAGACCACUGAGAGGAUCCUGCAACCCUUCACCUGUAGACCACCUCCACCCUUCAGACCCUGGUCCAGCACAGACCACCACCCACCCAUCAGACCUGCUAGACCACCUCCAACCUGCAGACCCUGGUCCAGCACAGACCACCACCCACCCAUCAGACUUACCGGACCAGACCCAAGUGGACCCCCUAAACCGGACCAGGUCCAACAUGUGGAUCAUCUCCAGGAGGCGGCAGCUGGAGCCCCAUCUGAAGGGGGUGUGGGUUUCCCAGAAGUCUGUGCGUUUCAGGCUGCAUUCCCUGACAGACACCUGCCCCCUGAAGGCGUGUCCACCCCUGGAGGCGUGUCCAUCAGACGGUCCUGGAGUGUGUGUCCCCAGGGGGGGGCAGCUGUUCCCUGCCCCCCCCAGGGUCUGUCCGCUCAGCUGCACCAGCUGGUGUCCAAACACAGGCUCCACCUCCAACACAGGGUCCGAUGGGUCAUCUGCACCCACAACUGUCAGGACCUGGAACAGGUUUGGCAGAUCCUGAACCGUUCCGUCCAGAGUUCCGUCUUACCCACAUGUAACGCCAACAUCCAGAGGGAGAACCUGGAGAUCUGGGUGUUCUGUGACGUUCUGUACGCAGAACAGGUGGGACGCUUCCUGAAGGACCAGCUGCAGCUGUCGGGAACCAUCAGUCUGUGGGUUCAUCCGCUGGGGAACAUCUACAGCAUGUAAGGAACCAACUAUCUGCAACACGUGAAGGAACGUCUUCAACACGUAAAAGGACGUGGUUCUGGACUAAAGUGCGCAGAACCUUCAGGCUGGGUCUCUGCUGUGGAACCUGUUGAUUAUUGUAAAAAUCCUCCUAAUUAGGGAUGUCCGAUUUGGCCUUUUUU